CCAUCAACUUAACUGAUCCGACAAUUCUGGGCAAAGACAUCAAACAGUCGCCCACCAUAUGGUCGCGCCCUAUGCCGCUGGCCUGGUAUUUCAAGACACAGUGGGAACGGGAGUACGGAAACAACGGGCGCUGGAAAGAGUACUUCUGUCUCGAUUGGUUCCAACAGGAGUCGUACGCCGACCGGUUCGCCCAAGUGGUGUCCCGGUGCCCCUGUACUCUACAACAGGCCGAGCUGGACAGGGGUCGCUUCUCGCCCGACCUCGAGUGCAAUGUCAUUGACCGCAAUUGCGAUACUUUCCACAGAGGGGCCGAACACUGCCUCAAGACUGGACGGCCGUCAAUCGGUGGUUCCGGACAGACCUGUUGUUACGACGACUACAGCGAGCUUUUACAGACCGCUGACACUAUGUAUGGCGGCAGACCCUCCCGGGCCCAUAUUUAUGGCAAACAUCCCUUUAAGAAGCAAAUGAUGAUCCCAGCGCUGUCCGAAUGGCUUCACGACACAAUGCCCUUCUUCUUCUGCUGCAAAUGGCAGGGCGAGGAGGACAACACCGACACGUGUCAGAUGUAUAACUACUGGCGCACAUCGCAAGACUGCUCCUCAUACCAGGCGCCGGCCAUCGGCUCCGUGUACGGCGACCCACACUUCAUAACCUUUGACCGAUACAACUACACGAUCAACGUUAAAGGGGAGUACACUCUGGUGCACGUGGACAACGCCAUUCACAAACUAGACGUCCAGGCCCGUUUUGAGCAGGUGCCCCGUAAUAGGCGGACUGACCCCCCGCUCAACGCCACGACACUGAUGGCAGUGGCCGCGCGCGACAAUAUCUCCUCUAUAGUGGAGUUCCGGUUGAGACCAGUAGCCGCUCGUCGGCGGUACCAGAUGUACGUCAUUGUGGACAAGGAGUAUGUGUUUUGGUGGGACGAGUCCAUGAGAUUGCAGAACUUUAAGGGCGUGACCCUCUACCAGCCCGCGGGCAUACAGAAUAUGUCGCACGUGAUCGCUAUGUUUGACUCCGGGGCCGGUGUGGAAGUGAUGACCGAUGGCGGACACCUCACUGUCCACGUGUAUAUGCCCUAUACGUUCCUGAACGGGACGGGAGGGCUGUUAGGUUUAUAUUCGCGUGACAUCCGGGACGACUUUACGCUGCCUAAUGGGCAACAGAUAUCACUGCAGAGCACUCAGGAGGACAUCCAUUUUCGGUUCGGGAAGGCGUGGCGAGUGCAGGAACGGGUG